AUGGCAGAUCCACCAGCAUCCUCGAAAAAAGCCGCGCGGGUAUUUGAUCUGAAUGCGAUGGUAGCACAAGCACGAUCCGGUGCGCAAGAACGGUCACAUGUCGAUUGGUCAAAUGAAAUCGAAAAGGCGAAAGAAGAAAAUGAAUUACGUAUUGCAGAGAUGAAGCUCAAAGCGGACCAAGCAGCAAAACAAAUGCAAAAAUCAACGAUUAAUAGCACAGCAAGCAACGAUGAUGACGACGAUGACUUCGGUCCAUCGAUAUCUCUGGCUACAGCGUCAAAUGCAGACAAUGGAGACGAGACCAGCGGCGACGACGACGACGACGACGAGGAAGAUGAUGAUAAUCCGAAUCCUUCGGAGACCACUGGUGGAGACGCUGAUCGAUUGGAUGACGAUGAGCAACCAUUUUUUCCUGUCACCCAUGAAGUAGAACUGAAACAUGGGACAAAAACUGUCUCUUGUUUAACCAUCGAUUCCAAAGGCGAACGUUUAAUAUCCGGUGGUUUUGAUUAUGAACUUAAAAUGUGGGAUUUUCAUGAUAUGGAUAAAAGCAUUCAAUCAUCUCGCGCGAUAUCCCCAUGUGAAUCUCAUCAGCUGCGUUCAAUCGAGUUCAGUCCAGCUAGCGACAUGUUAGUUAUUGCUAGUGGCAGCUGUCAAGGAAAAGUUAUUUCUCGAGAUGGGAGAAAUGUAUACGAAUGCGUUCGAGGUGAUAUGUAUAUCAUUGAUAUGCAAAAAACCAAGGGUCAUGUCGCUACAUUGAAUCGUGCAUGUUGGAAUCCUAAAGAUUUUAAUGAAUUUAUGACUUGUUCGGACGAUGGUACUGUUCGUCUUUGGUCUUUAGUUCGUCGUACAGAGCACGUCACUUGCAUCAAAACCAAAUCUGAGCAAGGCAAAAAGACCGCGGCAACUACAUGUACAUACAACACUUACCAUACUCACGUAAGUCAGAACGAAUACUUAAUCACUGCUGGAUGUGACGAUGGCAGUAUACAAAUUUGGGAUCGUCGUCGGCCAUUUGUCAAUGUUACAUAUAUGAACCGACGUGCACAUGAAAAUGACACUUCCAUCACGUCAUUACGUUGGUCUCAUGAUGGACGAAAUUUGGCGUCGCGUGCAACUGAUCACACAAUUAAAUUAUGGGAUAUACGAAAUUUUAAACAGCCCCUAUCAGAAUACAAAGAUUUGCAUAAUCGAUUUUCAAUGACUGAUGUGACAUUCUCACCGGACGAUCGAUUUUUAAUCACAGGUACAUCAACACAAAAGAAAACCGAUGAUAAAGCUCGCGAUCCAACAAAUGUCGGAGCAAUUUACUUCUUCAAUCGUGAGAAUCUUGCUCAACCUGAAGGACAAAUUCAAGUGAGUGAAACAGCAAGUGUGAUUAAAACAUUAUGGCAUCCAAAAUUGAAUCAAAUCAUGUGUACAACCAGCAAUGGUCUGAUUAAAAUAUUUUAUGAUCCAAUUUGUUCCAAACAAGGUGCACUGUUAUUUGCACAUCGAGAAGAACGACAAAAGAAAGCCAAUGAUUAUUUUAUUAAUAUGAAUAUUAUUAAUCCACAUGCUUUGCCCAUGUAUCGACAAGAGCGAAUUCGGAAUUUGUCCGUUAUACGUAAAAAGAAUCGACAAGAUCCAGUUAAAUCUAAACGGCCAGAUCUACCAAUUAGCGGUGCCGGUUCAGGUGGUCGUAUUGGUGUUCACGGUGGCACGUUAUCAUCGUACAUCGUGAAAAAUAUUGCUUUGCAAAAACCGCCUGCCCAAAAGGAAGAUUCCCGUGCUAUUCUACUUAGUUAUCAAGAAAAAUGUGAGCAAGAUCCAUUUUGGGUGGCACCUGCAUAUAAAGCUAACCAACCCACGCCUAUCUUCGCCUCAUCGACUGAAGAUACACAUCAAAAGAAAGACGACGAUGAUGAUAUGGGACCACUAUGGAAAAAACAAAAAACUUAA